GUGGCACGCCUUCAUCGGCCAUUCUACCGCAGGUGGCGGGUCCAAGUUGCUCUUGCCUUCCUGUUCCUCCAUCUUCUUGCCUACGUCUACUUCUGCAAGCUCUCCUUCAGCUUCAAGUGCUCCCGUCGCUGAGCCCCGCCCAACCGAGCUUCACCACGCCGCUUGCUACCCGCCGUGCGCCCCACCAGCCGACUCACUGCGCCCAACGCGACUUUCGCAGUCACACGCCUCGCACGCGCGACCCCUCGCACCUCUCCCACCCCCCGACGUCUCCCUACACAAUACCGCCAAGAUGAUGAAAAUAUGGUCCAUGAAGAAGAAGCAGGCCGAAGAUGAUGCCGCAGCCGCCGCAACGAGCAAGAAGAAGAAGGUCACGCCCGCCCAGCUGCGCGCCCAGAAAGAUCUCGAGGAGCUCUCCCUCGGCACAACGAUGAAAACCCACUUCCCGAACCCCGACGACAUCCUCAACUUCACGCUCUCCAUCGACCCCGACGAGGGCAUGUACAAAGGCGGACGCUUCGUGUUCAGCUUCGCGAUCAACCAGAACUUCCCGCACGACCCGCCGAAAGUGAAGUGCACGCAGAAGAUCUACCACCCGAACAUCGACCUCGAGGGCAACGUGUGCCUGAACAUUCUGCGCGAGGACUGGAAGCCGGUGCUGAACCUGAAUGCGGUGGUCGUGGGACUGCAGUUCCUGUUUCUGGAGCCCAAUGCGAGUGAUCCGUUGAAUAAGGAGGCCGCGGAGGAUUUGAAGAUUAACAGGGAGGGGUUUAAGAGGAAUGUCAGGAGUAGUCUUGGGGGCGGAGUGGUGAGGGGGCAGGUGUUUGAUCGCGUGAUGAAGUAGGAUGGGGGUAUGUUGAGAGGAGUCGCGGUGCGGUUACAGGCUGGGCAUACAUACGCUUGGGUUGCGCACGUAGAAGGAGGGCGGAUGGGCGAGCAUGAGUGGGUGGUGAGGCAGAGAGCGUAACGGAGGGCAGUGGUGGAUGGUGACAGGUGGUGAUAGAGGGUGAGAGGCCCGAGGACACGACAUCUGCACGUUCGAGCGCGCAUAACAACGGCGUACCUGCGAGCGCGGCGUUUACAUACAGGCUGUUUUGCAAUGGACUCUUGAACACACA